ACAGCGACAUUCAAAUAGACUGCAUAUACACCUCUAGACUUUUUCAUAGGAAUAAAAUACGAAAAAUUAACAGAAAAUCUGCAAUUUUCUCUUUCCACUAUGGCCAAAAACAAGAGCACGGUGUAUCUGGGCUAUGAGGAUGAAGAAAUAAACGACAAGCAUGCGUCUUUAUUGAAUAGUACGGUUAAUAAAGUCGGAGGAACUCCGGACUGGCCCAAUGGCGAAAUCAAAAUACCAUCCUGUCCUUUGUGUGGCACUGCACGUCCUUUAGUGGUGCAGCUAUAUGCACCACUAGAUAUGUCACAAUUUCAUCGUUCGUUGUUUAUUUUUGCAUGUUUGAAUCCAAUUUGUUCGCAAAAUUCCAAAAGUUGGUUGUGUGUUCGAACGCAACAUUUAGAGACGCCCGAUCAUAGUGAAAUUAUAAAAGUUGUGGCAUCGCCGAAAAAUGGUAAGCAGAAGAAAAAGAAGGACCCCAAACAGGCGACGUCCGCCAAAUUAUCAUGGUGCAGUGGAGCUGAUGAUUGGGGUAUAGUAGUAGAUGAGGUUGCCGUCAAAGAGGCUAUAGAGCAAAUGGACACGGGCGCUGAUGACUGCAAUGAGCCUAAUGAGGAGAAUGGCAAUGUGAUUAAUCCCAAGAAUGUCAAUUUACCUGUAUCUGGAAAUCAUUUGGAGACAAACGAUGAGGAUGAAGACGACGAUCGUCCCUUAUCGAAUGAAGACGAUGAGGAAGAUGAAAGUAAUUCCAUGGAUAAUGACCUCAUAUUGAGUUUUAAUCAAAUGGAUGUUAGAGCGCCACAAAAUAUCGCUGAAGAUCCCAAUGCCAAUUGUGCUGGUGCCGCUGCGGGGGGAGGAGUGGGAGGCAUAGCGGCAGCCUGCGCGGAAAAUGAGGGUAAUUACGCGUGCAGUGGGGCAUCGGCGGUGAUUUGUGCAGAAAUUGAAGGACCUGAAACGGAUGUUGUUCUCGUCGAAUCACCCCAAAAGCCUGAACGUGAUUUAAUAGCCUUAAUGAAGCAUACACCUACACCAGCAGCCUUGGGCCCAUUAGCAAAAUUAUCCGAUCUCUCCAUUAAAUCGUUUUUCAUAGCUGUCGAUUUGGAAUGCAAGGAUUCCAACAAGGAAUAUGAUUCCUAUAGUGAUUCAUUGUCAUCAGAACAUAUACGCGAUUUAUAUCAGGAGUAUAAGAAACAGGAUGAAACAGCUCUCUCACCAGGCAGUGCCGCAGUAAGUGGAAAUAGUGCUUCUGGCUCGGGUGGGAACGCUGUGGCUGGAGCUGGUACUCCAGAAGACCAGGAGGGCUAUGAAAAGGCUAUACCAGCGCACGGUGAUUUAAUGUUUCACUAUUUCCUAGGUACCAUACAACAGAAUCCGGGACAAAUUUUGAGAUAUUCUCGUGACACGUUGCCUUUACUAAUAGCCCCAUUGCAAGAACCUACCCCCAAAUGUCCCAACUGUAAUGGGGAUACAAUUUGUGAAGUACAGAUUCUGUCCACAUUGAUACCAAAAUUAAAAAUGCAACAGAGUAAUGAGAGCGCCCCCCUAGAAUUUGGAAACGUUUUGAUAUUUACCUGCCUAAAAAGCUGCUGGGAUACCCCCGAUAAAAUGCGCUACGAAAAGGUUAUUGUACAGGCUGAAAAGUAAACAGGAGGGAGGGCUUAGGCGUGUUUUUAUCCAUUACACAUCCGUCACUGUGUGUGUUUAUGGUUUUGAUUCAGGAAGAAAACAACCAAAUGACAAGAAUGUCCAUUUAACCAAAGUAAACUUUUAAACGAAACUACUACUCCAAAUAUACUCACACUUUUCUCAAACAACACUCAUGGAUUGUUUAAGAGGAUGCAGCAAUUUGCAAGAAUUAUUACAUAGUAUAUAUGUAUGUAUUGAUUGUGUGUAUGACGUAUGAUUGUGUUAUCGUUCUUGAAAAGAUACAUCUGAAACAACAUAUAUAGGAAUGUAGCAUAGAAACUCUGUCCCUCGAUAUAAACACAAGCAACAUAUUACACCUAAACGGCUUCACUGAAAUGGAAACAUAAACAUAUUGAUAAGAGAUUGAUUUUAACAACAACAAAAAUUAUAUACAUAUAUUUUAAUUUAAGAGUUUUAAAAUGAAUGAAACACGAUUAAAAUUAUGAAUGGUUAGCAUCAUAGCUUGGUCAAUUCCAGUCCACUUAAAGAUCCAGUUUACCCAUUGUGAAUUUAAAAGCAGCACUCGCUCACUAUUCGUUUAAGCAUUUACCUAAUUUAUGAAGAAAACAAAAAAAAAAAAACACUUUGUCAUUGUUUCUACAACAACACAAUCUCCCUCUCUUAGGCAGUAAGUUUAAUUGUCUCCUUCUUAUUAACGCUCUCAACUAAAACCGACCGUCGUCGUCCUUCUUUCAAUGAACAUAAUGUGAUCUUUUCAAAUUUCCAACACUAUAAUAAUAUGUUAAAGGAAAACCACUAUAUCUAUUUAUAUAUAUUAUUUUAUUAUUAUGCUUUAAAGUAGUUUUAAAACAAACGAACUUGACACAUAAACCAACACUAUGAAUGAAAUACAAAUAUUUAGUGUAAAAUUAUAGAUUGCAAAUCAGGAAUAAAUUAUUUUUAGUUUUACCAACAAAAACAAAAGGGAACACAAAUUCCCGCUCGAUUAUGAUGAUAAAUAAAAA